AUGCAGACGAAGCCGUCCAGCUCUACAGACGCAAUCGCUGAUGUGGACGUACCUGCUCCUGCCAAGCCUGUGCCUACACCGGCAUCCGUGCGCGACGUAACCCCUGCGCUGUGCCUGUCCCUCGUGGAAUUCAAAGAUAUGCUGAGGCAAUUUCGGGCCGUGGACGACAGCGUGACGCUUCGCCUGAAUCGGGUACUGGCACAGACGCGUGAGAAUGGGACAUCAGCGCCACCUUCGCUCCUACAGCGCCACGACAAAAGCUUCACGUCAUCGUCCGCCACAGACCUGGGACGAACCACGUAUGGUAAUGCUGUGCCUGCGCAGAUGUGCUUGGCUUUUUGGAAAGAGCUGGUCGAUCUAUGGGUCCGUCGUGAAGAUACCAUCCGUUACUGCAUUGAGAUCAACCAACAAAAAAUGGAGCAGGCUCAUGCGCCACGACGAAGCAUCAGCAAGGACGACUACCUUGAUCUAGACCGUGUUCCUCUCAAAGAAGAACCACGACCCCUCCCACGACUCAGCCGCAGUGAGCCAGAGGCAGAGUUUACCGCUCGACAAAUGCAAAAUGAGCUCAUGGUCGAACGUAUCAUUCGACACCGAUCUCUCGAGGCGUUCAAGUCUCGCUGCCGCCUGUUCCAGCCUAAUGACACAGCUAGCGAGCGCGAACAUGCCUUUUGGGAGGGCCGCUAG